UUUUUAAAGUGUCACCUGUCACGGCCGAAGUGCUUGACACCUGCUUCACUUUCUACGAGUCGAGCCUAUGUUAGUUUACAGAAGCAGUGAGAUAGAGCGCCUGGUCGAGGUUGAGAGGGCGGUUGUAACUUUUGGUCAGGUUUUCGGUCAAAGACAGUGAAACAUUCACACCUGAUGGUUUGGUGCGUAUAUUAUUUAUUUGGAAACACUUAAUAAUAACUAUCCGUUAUAAGUAGUAAAUAAAUCAGUAGUAAACUGUUAAAAAUUAUUUAUUGGCGGUUUGUCUAGUAUUUAUUAACAGUUGUUAAGCAUUUAUAAUGAUGCCUUAUAGAUAGUGAAUAUAUCAUUAAAAAAUGAUAAUUAAUGAGUAUUAAAUGACUUUUAAGCGGUAUGCCAAUGAUUUAUACCUGCUCUAUGUACACCUUAUAGAUUAGUAACGUACCAUUAACAAGCUAUUAGUAACUUACUAACUAAUGACUUAUUAAAUACCAGUUGGUAUUUAUGUUAUUGGGACAUUAUUCUGAAGUUGCAACUACUCCUCAUGUCUUAAUUGUUAGUAAAUGAGGAAUAAGUGCAACUUUAGAAUAAUGUCCUAAUGACAUACAUAAGCAUAUAACUAAUACUUAAUAUACAGUAUUAACCCACACUUUACAGAUCAGUUGUUCAUAGCUAACCGUCUAAACUUUGAAGAACAGCAAAUUGGUUGAACAGUUUCAAGGUUCAGAAAUUUGAUAUCAAUAUGAUAUCAAAAUUUGCCACCUUAAGAUUGUUCCACCCAUAGGCCAUUCUGUGUGCUGUACUUUACAAGAAAAAACAAAAACAAAAACAAAAAAACACCACAGAUUAAAUGCUGAACAUUUAUUUAAUGCAUAGAAACAUACAUACUGAGCCAUCACAUGGCAGAAGAACAAAAUACAACAGUAUAAUACAAAAACCAUGAGUUUGGGACGCUUUUUGUGCUAAACACAGAAUACACUGAAUUUAUGAGGGCCAUUUAAUGUCCAUACAUCACAGCAAACUGUUAACAAACAAACACUUAACAAUCCAACAAUAAAUCAUUUAUUAACAGUUUACUAAUGAUGUAUUAACUAGUUAUACCAGAUAGUUAUUAUAUCGUGUUACCAUAUGGUAACAAUUUAUAAUAACUAUCUGUUAUUUUAGUAAUGAUGUAUUAACUAGUUAUACUGGAUAUAUAUUAUAAAGUGUUACCAUUUAUUUAUAUUGCAAACAUUAAGAAAAAUCUAGCGGACGCCAGAUGUCGAAUUGCCAUCGUUACUGUGAAUUUUCCAAAAGUGGGUCCAUCUGUUUUGGCUCCAUUACAUUGUUCAGGUUUGCCUCAUGUUAUGGACAGAGAGUGUACAUAUAUUCUUAUAUUCUUCUAUCUUAAUUCAAAAAUGUAAUGUAUAAAUACUAUACAAUCAUUCAUUGUAUUCCCAGAAGAAGCAUGCCAAUUCUGAGCGCUAUGAUCCCCCCCCUCCCUUUUUUUUUUUUUUUUUUUUUUUAAAGUUUAAUUGUAAAAAACAACAAAACUGCAUCUGACAGAGUAGCCCACCUCACAGUUCUGAUAUCAAGGGUUCAAUGCCAGGCUCUGGCCUGUUUUUGUGGAAUUUGCAUGUCCUCUUCAUGUCAGUGUGAGUUUUCCCUGGGUAGUUCUGUUUCCUUCGACAUCCCCCAAAAAAACAUGCAUGAUAGGUUGGUCAAACACCCUAAAUCAGGGGUCAUCAAACCUUCUUGUCUUGGGACCACAGACUGUAUAACAUAUUGUAUGACCCAGCCCUAAAUGACCACCAGCAGGUCUCAUUGUGUAGUUAGUAGACAUGACUAGCCUGGCAAAGGCAUUCGCAGUAUUAACGAUGUAAACACAUAAUUAAUGGCACAUAUUUGUUUAUUGUCACCACUCACUAGUAGUUAGUUAGAGUAGUAAGUACUUCACACUUUGUUUUAAUCUGAAAGACAACAAAAUAUUCCAUUCAUUUCUUGAAUUAAAAACCCGAUCCUUUUCACCCGAUUCCGAUCCUCUGAAAAAUGGCGCGAUAGGCCCGAUUUUGAGAUGAAGUGAUCGGGUCGGGACAUCCCUAGCCAAGAUAUGAAACAUCUACUGACUGAGACUAACAAAGGUGAGUGAAAAAUAACACAUUUUAGUUUGGCCUGUUGCUUUUAACAUGAAUUAAAAUUAAAAUUUUUAUUAAUCUAUCCAUCUUGAACCAUUUAUCCAGAGUCGGGUUGUGGCGGCAGCAGUUUCGGGCAGGGAUCCCCAAACUUACCCUUUCCCUGGCCACUUUAACUAGCUCUGACUGGGGGAGCACGAGGUGCUCCCAAGCCAGUAUCGAGAUAUAUUUUAUAUAUAAUAUAUUUAAUAUCUUUUAUAUUUAAUUAUAUUAAUAAUAAAACAUUUAUAUGAUGAUUUUAAUGAUUUUAAUUAUCUUAAAAUUUGCGUUCUAGCCAAUUCUUAUGUCCACCCAAGUGAGCAUUUUUGGUUCACGGUAAAAAUGAGCAGUUGGCCAAUUACAGGUCCAAACUAAAGCAGACCAAUAGAAUAAUGGCAGUUUAUAAAGUCAGAUAACUAGGCCUACGGAAUGAAUAUAUAAAAACACUGAAAUCAUAAUGUGAGUCAAACAUUGUGUUUCUAUAGAAAGUUCUGAUGUGUGGCAUUUGAAAGACUCGCCCUCCAGUCGCAGGGACAAUGAAGUGGUAAUACCGUAAUUAGAGCGUAACAGCAAAAAACGAGAACAGAAACACCCACCAUGCCAUGAAAUCUGUCCAGUUCUGGCUGAGUUAGAUUCUGAUGAAGAAUAUUUAUGAUUGCAAUCAGUCGACUGAAACUGACGGUGCGUUUUUAUGCAGUGGCAGUGUGUCAAUGCUCCAUGACAGUCCACAAAAAGCACAUGCCGAAUCUAGGGCUUCUUCUCAGCUUGGUGGAAAUAAUCAGCGAAAUUGUUUGGGGAAACAGGAGUGCUAAAGUCAGAUUUGUUUCUUUUUUCAAAUUCUAUUGGAAAUAAUGUAAGUUUAUGUAUCUGUUUCAGAGUCAAACUGUUUGAAUGAUCAAAUGUACAGUCAUACAAAUUAAAUUAAAAAUACUUAAAUCGUAAUUUAUCAUUUCAAGAAUAUGUACAUGAGCAACAUUUGGAAUUGUCAGUCACACAAUCCUCAUGAUCUCAAAGCUUUUUUAAUAUUAUGUAGUUAAUCCUAGUGUAUAGUAUUGUGAACAUUUUGUGCCCAAGAUCAGCAAUGAAUGUAAAUGUUCUGUAUUUGCGCUUUAUGUCUGGACUAAUUAUUUGUCCACAUGCAUCAGCGUUCUUUUCUGCUGCAAGGUGACCUGGGAAAUGUUGACUCCAGCAGCUGGCUGUUCUGGAGACAAUUCUACACAUCACGUGUUUCAGAAUUUGCUUUCUUUGCACUAAUGGAGUUUAUAGUUAACACAAAAAAGCAAAUAACUGUACGGGCGGUAUACAGAUCAGUUGAACAGGAGUGAUAGUUCAGUGUUCUUAUACAGUAUGUGCUUGAAUCCUUAAUUUUAUUGCAUUUUCAUACUGUUGGAAGUGCUUACAUUUUGUAUUAAGGUCUACUAAGUGUUUUUUGAAUGAAAUGUCCAGUGUAGCAAUAAUCCAUAAUCCAUUCGGCAAUGCUGAUUUUGUUCCAGUUAAAAAUAACGGAAAUUGAAAUAAUAGUAUAAUAAUAAUAAUAACAAUAAUAACAAUAAAAAGCGCAUUUGAAAAAGCCUAUCUUUUAAAUGUAAGAACAAGUUAACUGCAAAUAAUCAUGGGAAAAAAACAAUUCAUGCAUUGCAGCUGCAUAUGAACAAGAUUUUGUGUGAUUUCAUUAUUUGGGCAUAAACUGAUUUAGGGUUGUUCGAUUUUGCCGAACAAGAAAAUCCUGAUUUUUUUUUCUCUGAUACCUGAUUUUUCGAUAUCAAAUAAUAUCAAAGUAUUCUGAAAUUCUUUUAUUUUAACUCAUUUUUUCUUUAUUGGGAUGAAGAGUAUUCUAUUGAUACAACAGACUCCAGCUGUGUUCUUAAAAAAAGGCAAUAACAAAAUGAAAAAAAAAAUGUAUAUACUAGUUGAAACAACAGUCUGUCUGUAAACCAAAUAGUCUGUCAGUCUGCCAAACCAACUAACCAGCCAGUCAAUCAAGUUAGUCAGGUGAAGUAGGUAGGUAGGCAGCCAGGCUCAGGGUGAUGUGCUGUCACAUUUCUCUCUGGUCUUACAUAAGUCAAUGAUUAGUGCAAAACUGUCACUCAAUAAUAACAAUAUGCAAGGUGGAAAUCACCAUUUCUAAACAAACACAAAUAUGCAUUCCAGUGAAGGUAGCAAACAGAAUGAUCCCUUAGAUUUAUGAGCACCUCAUCUUUACAAAAGACAUCAGGUCAAACACCUUAAUGGGCCAAUGAACAAUGUGCAUAUAUCUUAAAUUUUCUAAUGUAGACCUAUACAUUUUGCCAAAAUAACUUAUUGUAUUAAAACAGAAACCAACAUGGCAUGCUUUUAGUUACUGUAAUCUAGUAGCAGCAAUAUUGACAGGAAAAUGACAUAUCGGAGACAGAAACGCACACACAUAUACUAUCAUACUUUAGGUACAUCAUGAGAUAAUAGUCAUGUGAUGCAUAUUGUGUCCAAAGUUGGCUGGGCAAAAGUAGCAGAAUCGCCAGUAGCCAUGGCUGUGUUGUUCUUGUUCUGACAGCGCUCUUUCGUGGGAGGAAACAGAAAUGCGGAGGAAACUAGGGCGGCUUAGAUAAAUCAAAUGGUGCAGUUUUGAAAAUUGAACAUAACGAUUUGAACGUUUUUAACAUCGUUUUUUCCAGGAAAGUCGGUUUCAGUUUAAAAUCGAUUAAUCGAACAGCCCUAUUUGACGGUAUGCCAAUGUUUUAAAAAGUUUAGGUAUUUUGUACCGCCGAAACUCUCCGUAUCGGUAACGAGAUAUUUUUGGAGUUUGCAGCCUGCAAUAUGAUUGGCUGCUAACUGAACUAAACAAGUACUCUCUUUGAAGUUAAUAAGCAGAGGCUAGCUGGGAAGAGAAGGGAGCGUGUGAGUGGCAGGUAGGAGUGGGAGUGAGAGUAGGUAAAUGCACAGCAGGAAGAAGAAGUAUCUGAGCACAUUUUAAUAUUAAUGACAAUAUAUAUUAGGGCUGUCCCAAACGACUAAUUUUCUCCCGAUUAGUCAGCCGACUAUUUUUACGAUUAGUCGACUAAUCUUAUAAUUAAAAUUUAAAAAAGAAUUUUUUUACUAAUGUAGCAAUGACAUUUUUGUUGACGCUUAUCAAUUCAAAAAACAUAUUGGAACACGUAAAUUAUUUAUUUAAGUACAAAUAAAUACGUAAAUAACAAUAAUAAAUCAAAAAAUAAACGAGUUCAAAUGCUGAUAGAAUUAACUAGUGCAAAAGAAUGGCAUGUAAACAGAUUCAGAACACUAACUUCCUUUCCAACAUGAUUCAAAACAAUUCUUAAAAAAAAACACCUCGCAUUAAUAUUAUAGUACUAUAUAUAAUAGUAUUAUGAUAAUUAUAAUUAUUCAUUGCCAAUCAGAUUUUUCAUAAAGAGUGUCAUUUUAAAGGUAUUUUUAGUGUAGAAUCUGAAUUUUGAAGUAUGUGGGAUUAACUCCAGAAAUCGCUAUUUAUAUGAAGAACAUGACAUGCUUUUAUUUUGAAAUGUUUACCGGAAGUACGUUCGCUAAACCGCUAACUUUAGCUUUACACUCAGCAAAAAAGCACUUUUUGUAAUUGCAAGUAGUGUCAGUAAUAGAUUUUUUGGGGGUCAUUUUUUCGUUUGCAAAUGUUGUUAACCAGCCAUUUUUCCUGUUUGAAGUGUCACCUUUUAACCGCAAGUUUGCUUUCACGAGACAACUGCCAAUGUUUUAUAGCAGGCUAAAGUAAGUUGCCUUUUUCCCCCAUUCACCUCAGUGUAGCAGUGCUAACGUUACAGUGUUUAAUAUGGAUGGGUUUUCUUAUUUUGUAUGUCUGAACUUUAAUUCUACAGCGUGUUGAUAAGAGAAAGGAACUGGAGCCAUCAGCACGCACGCACCAAUGUAUGCACGCACGCACGCACGCACGUACGCAGCGAUAAAAGACAGCCGUGAAAAUUACCGGCCUCAUUUUUAUUUGCCCUGCGAUAAUUGGACUCAUUGCAUAUCGUGACAGGCUUAGCAACGUCAAUAAAACAUGUCGUUAGUUAGUUAGAUGGACUUACAAACUGGUUGACGGCGUUUUAGGUGUUCAUUCUCGGCCGACGUGCAGCCAAGCUUGGCAUUGAAGAGACAGGACAAAACAGUGUACCCUCCUUUGUUUCUUUGAAAUAAGUCAAUGUUUUGGACACUCUGGUGCGCUUUUUUGUCUUUGUGCCGCUUUCCCCGCUUGCAUACAGAGCGUCCGACAUUCUGAACUUUCCACGCAUAUAUUUUUUUAACGCUUCAUUAACCGUCGACGGGAUGUUUUGCUCGUCGACGGAUUUACGUCAUCGAUGACGUCGACUAUGUCGACUAGUCGGGACAGCUCUAAUAUAUAUUGCAGCAAAGAAAAGUCAAAAGUAUAAACCAGGGGUCUCCAAACUCGUCCAGAACGGCCACUGCGGGUCCCGAUUUUUGUUCCAAACGAUCAAGCACUUACAGUUGAACCAAUGAGGUUUCUGCAAAAACAAGCAGCACCUGACUGCAAUCAAACGAUCACACUUGGAAGACAACAGAUUGGUGAAAGGGUGUCAUUUUGUUUGGUUGAAAUUGUGCACUCACUGCAGCCUUAUAGAAUAGUUUGGAGACCCCUGGUCUAAACCUUUAGUGUCUGCUUCACCCACUAUAGUAGUACCUUGAGAAACGUAUAUCUUCUGAGAGAGUAACAUUUACGUACAGUAUGUCAGGAAGGAUUUGUUAAACCCAGGUUAUUGUAGAUGUUACGCGCAAACAUCAAAAGGUUUACCGUAAUUCUCUAAAGUUGACCACUUUUUUUACUAAAGGUGACUACUUUUCAUACAAAUCCAACUAAAUUUCAUGAAAACAAGCUGAUGUGAGCAGUACAACAAGGGUCGGAAACACCUAAAUAAAACACAUUAAGAGGACAUGUCAGUCUUUCAGGCUUUAGAGGUCAUAAUCAAGUUCAAACCAAAUAUAGGACAAACACAAAAAGUGUGAAAUUUCAAGUGGCAGGAGAGUUUUGGGUUUUUUUCUCUCAUUGCUUUGAGGCUGCCUCCACACUUCCUGAUUUAAAAUCACAGAGCAAACAGAAGAUGUGCAGCAAUUAUAAUGAAAGUCUUUUCUCGUUCUGUUAGACCACAUUAGAAUUCUCCAUCUUAUUCAAUCAUACAGUAGUUGCCUUAUAGUACGUUCUUCAAUCUAUUGAAAAUAUUGUCAUUUUACCCCCUUUGUUAAUGGAACAGACCCCAUCUGUCAAUGAGACUCAUUUGAGACAAGUGAGUCAGUUUUCUCUGUAGGGCCACAGGAAAAUAACAGCCCGUGUGGAGGAAUAAGAUAACACCAGCAACAUUUCCAGGAGCUCUUGCCACACCAACUGUUCAUUUUUAUUUUUUUAUUCGUGCGUCAUGCAUGGCAUGGAGUGCAGAAGGAUUCCUAAAAGUUCAUCAAAAUAAAUACCAAUACAGAUGUAAACUACUAAUUAUUUUUUUUAUUCUUAAAGUAUUCCAGAAUAAAGAUCAAUCUAUUUGAUUUUGAACAUUUUAUAUUUUUAAACCUAGUCAAAAAAGUUAGAAUAAAGAGAUUUUUAACCUCUUUGGCAAAUACUAGCACACAAAUAAUACUAAAAUACCAAAUGAGACUACAAUAACUAAGUCAUUUUGUUGAAAACAACCAACAUUUCAGAUGAAUUCCAUUAUUUAACAAUGUUGUUGUCCUCUAAGGAAAACUCUAAGGAAUCUUCUGAAUUUGCUGAAAAAGCUUUUGCAAAAACUAUAUUGCCUCACAAUUUCUAACCUUGAAGCUGUUUCUGGAAAGGAUUGUGUUCCCAAAGUGUCACCAUCUUUCAAACUUAAAGUAGCCCGAUACUAAAAACAAACGAAUCAAAAUUUCUUUGAAUUGGUCAAUAUGUCAAUCAAAUUCUUACGAUAUUUUUAUCCUUUUACUUAUUGUCGUUAACUUAACAAAAGGAGUGUACACUAUUUUACAAAUAUAUAUAAUCUUUUAAAAGCUAUAGACAAGUUCCUGUGCGAAACAUGGGCGGCGCCAUUUUUUACAUUUUCUGCUACAGAGGUUUAGACCGACCAACAUGAAGUGCGGUUGAAGUAAGCGGUGUGUAGACGGUGUACUUAAACUGCAAAAUCAAAAUAGAAGAACCCACGGAAUCGUCAAACAUGGAUUCAGCUCGACGUAGAUGAGGUUCCGCAACUUUCUGUGCUGUGCGUGGUUGUGUGAACUCCUGGAAGCGCCUAUAUAUACGGUUGAAGUGGAAUGUUUUGACCAGUUGCUUUAAAGCUAAAGGAUCCACCUAAAAGAUUGUAUGUUCGUUCUUAUCACUUCGUUGAUUGUUCGUGGACAAAAUUCUAGCAAUCUGUGCAGCCUGUGUUAACAGGAGGUGUUAACACACCUCGGAAACUUGUUUAUACACUUUUAGCUGCUGACCCACCCUUUGAAAUCUCUGCCUUUGAGCCGGUUGUUUUUUGUGUUUAGGGUUUCAAAUUUUUCAUCUGAAACAACAAGCUAAAAAUUAACUACGACUCCCCACUACCUCUACUGUUACUCACAGGUAACAAUAAGUCCGCAAAUAAUUGUAAUGUAAAUGUAAUUGUAAUAAUAAAUGUAAUUACUCUUUCCUGAGACAUACAAAAAAAAAAAAAAAAAAUGGCUCAGAGGACCGUUGCAUAUUCAUACCUAGACUCUACCUAUCAAAUUUCUUUUGGAUCUGUCAAAGAAUAACGAAGGUAUAGCAAUUUUAGUUUUUCACCUCACCAGGAUGAGGGUAAGAAGCUCGGCCAUCCAGGAAAGACUCGGUGUUGAGCCACCAGUUGAGGUGGCUCGGGUAUCUGGUUCGGAUGCCUCCUGAACGCCUCCCUUGAGAGGUGUUCCAGACAUUUCCCACUAGCGGGAGACCCUGGGGAAGACCCAGGAUAUGCUGAAGAUACCAUGUCUCUUGGCUUGCCUGGGAACGUCUUGGGAUCCCGCCGGAGGAGUUGGUUGAUGUGGCUAGGGAGAGGGGAGUUUGGGCUUCCCUGCUAAAGCUGCUGUCCCCGCGACCUGACCCUGGAUUAAGCGGCAGAUGAUGGAUGGAUAGAUGGAUAGACCUCGCCAGGAAGUAAGCGAGACUUUGAGACCUCCCUCAGGGCAGACUUAAAAAAAAAAAACCUACGAAGAUAUAUCAGUUUGUGGACACUGAUGGUGUUGUGAUACUUUCAUCUGACUUUGGUGGAGGCAUCAUGGGGUCAUUCAUAUCUCAGUAAAAUUAAGAAUUUCAGAGUCAAUGCAGAUGCUACCAGGGUGCCUCCUUAGGGAGGUGUUCCUGACACGUUGAGCUGGGAGGAGACCUCGGGGCAGGCCUAAGAUCAGCUGUAGGGAUUAUAUCUCGACACUGGCUUGUGAGGGCCUCGGGAUCCCCAGUCAGAGCUAAUCAAUGUGGCGAGGAAAAGGGAAGUUUGGGGCUCCCUGCAGAAACUGCUCCCCCCGCAACCCGACUUCAGAUAAGCGGUUGAUGAUGGAUGGUUGUCUAUCCAUAUUAGUGACCUCUGACAGACUGAGAACCAGUCCAGGAUUUAUACAUUUUUCACCAACUAUAGACAGAAAAAGUUGAUGUAAUUCCAAAGAUUCCCAUUGCAAAUGAGUCACUUUAGUUAAUUUUGUAAUUUGUGGAGUUACACUGAGAAGCAUCCAGUGAUGGGCAACGUGUGAGUUAAGCUCACCAUGUAAAUAAUGCUGCUCAUCAGAUAGGUUAAAUACACAAUCAACAUUACCAAAAUCCACAGCCCAAGGCUUGUCUGUGACCAAUAUAGCCCUCGUGGGGACUUUGAUGCCCUGCUAGGCUGCUAAGUAUACCACCUUUUUGUCGGCGGGCCUAGACAGGCAUGCUGUAAAUAGAUGGUCGAGGCUUUAUUGAACUUGAGACAUUACGUAAGAGGCUGAGCGGGAGCUGGAUGCACACUGUGCCCCAUUUUCCUUCCACCCGCUUGAGGCCUGACCUGAAACUCCCAGCUGCCCAUGUCAAUCCCAUGACGCAUUUUUUUUUUUAAACUUUUUUUCUAUUGAUGUCUUAUCAGACCAUACAAGCUUAUUUGGAAUCUCAUCCACUCAUUUGGAUUUUUUCUGGUUCUAUGGUCGAGGCUGAAUGCAGGGAAAUGGGUUGCAAAGGAAAUCCUAUUCUUGGAAAGCUCUGAGUCACUCGGCUCCGGAGAACUGGAUUUGUGGAGGAUGGCCUAAAAGUGAGAUUGGAAGUACAGAGAACAUACAAUAGCCCAAUAGAACCUGUUCUGGGAUUCUGUUCAACCUUACAUUCUUCCUAGGAAGUUUUCCCUGUUGAAAUAAUGAAACUGUCAAACUGCUACCAUCACAACACUUGUUUUCGCUGCAGGAGUUUUUGGGUAACAUUAAAGGAAAAACAAUGCCUUUAUCAUGUGCAUUCCAAGGUUUUUUAAUAAAGAGUUCUGAGUAUGAAUCAUAAAAAGAAUUUCUCAGUACACAAAUUGGAGAAAGGUCCUCUUAAUUAAAAAUUUAGAAGAAAAAAGUGCUGCUGGUCGAUUUUUUUCUUUUCUUGUGGGCAAAGUGCUGACAUAAAUUUUGUCAAUGACUCAUUUAUUUUCUUUAAACAAACUAAACAACAAAAUCGAAUAAGGAGGAGGGAGACUGUAAUGAAUGUUUUCUUUAUCAAACAGUUGUUCAUAAUUACAAUACAAAUCCAAUAUUAAAUUACACACUUGUCUGACAAUUUAAAGUUUGAAUGGGAGUUUGUGUUGAAAGGAGACUCUAAGCUGUGAAUGGGUUUAUGCGUGUGAUUUCUUUAUUGAAAGAAAUUAAACAGCUUUACUAUAUAACAAUAACUCAAGUGCUAAAAUGCUUCUUCAAAACACAAUACAAAUGGACAUUUAAGACAUUGAUAAACAUAAUCGCCAAUUAGCUUAGCGCUCUGUGCUAAGUAGUAAAGUCUCAUCAACAAAGAAUACAAAAAAAAAAAAAAAAAAAUUGGCUUCAUUUACCCACCUCUGACGGAGGCACAUUGGACCUUACAACACACAAGCCAUUCUAACUGUCGCGUAAUUAUAAUUUGUUCAGCAUCUAAGCCUGAGUGUAGCAGUGAACUCUCUCUCUCUCUCUUGCUCUAAUCUAACACAAACAAGAGCCCAAAUGGGACUGCUCAUAGCUGCCGGCAAAAAUCGAUUAUCAAAUUCAUUGGCAACUAAUUUAUUAAUCGAUUUUAAUCGAUUCAAUCAAUUAGUUGUUGUAGCCUUAGUGUAUAUACAGAGGUAAUACUGUAAUAUUUGUUGUAUCCACUGAUUUUGCUCAAAAGCACCAGAAAGACAAGAACAAUCUAAAGUGGUGUCCGUACGCCGCAGUGUUCGACUUUCAGAUGUACAAACAGGAUGUUGAGGAUGAGUUUUUUUUUUUUAGGAAAUGGCUGCACAUUUUAGGCAUUUUACAUAUUUUAGACUCAAGAGGGGAAUUGAGCUUCGUCUGUGUCUCAGAUGAAGAAAAGAGAAAGACAACAACAGGUUGAACAGGUACAGUAAUGCCGGCCGUGCGUAUAACUGUUGUCACAGUCGUCACACAAUGGCUACGUUAUAAGUGAGAUCAUUUCUUUCUCCGUUUCUCUAUUAUCUGUUCGCAACACAGUACAAUACUGGGUAUGUGCCAAAAAAAGACAGGCUUUUUCAAUGUGUGAGAAGGCAGUUUUGAGGAAAAAAAGUAUACAAAUAAAAACAAGGUUCGAUAUUGGAUUGUGGACAAUUUUGAUCGUCGACUAAUCUUGGCAGAUUGCUCUUCAUCAUUUAUGUUAGCUGUUUAGAAUUGACCUGAACUUGAAAUUCUUUGCACUAACUUCACUCGACAUUUUUUUUUGUUUGUUUAAACCCUAUGAAUUAAUCAUCACAACUUGGGCAUGAUGUCUUAGUUUCCAACGAAUGGUAUUUUUUUAAUCUUAGUAAGACAUAUUGAGCAAUUUUAUGAUUCUAAUUUUAUGGGCAUGGUUUCAGGAAAUUCUUUUUAAAUUAGACUGGUGGCUAAGAACAAAUUUAGGAUAAACAAAACUAAAUGUGUCUCAGCAAAGAUGCAGCCUUUUUGUGUGUAGUCAGUUUUGCCUACUUUUACUGCAGUUAAUUAGAUGAAUUGGUCAUUCCUUUUGCUACAGUAUUCAUAGUGGUAAAGGACAAAUUAUUGCUGUGUUAUAGAACAAAAAAAUAAAAUUUGGUCUGUGGGGCUUUCAGCUGCUCCUAAUACUUCGCUAAAAUGUAUCAUAACUCAAGUAACCUGCCGUAUUGUGAAAACAGUUACCUUGCAAAAGGCCUUUUAAAUAUAUGUAUGAAUAUUCUGUUACUACUGCAUUAAAUUGCAUGUUCAACGCAUGGCUGGAAAAUGAAUAGCCUAAUGGCAUAGUGCUGAAUUGGCUGGAUUGCAGCGGGUUAUCUUGGCAAGAGCCGACUAUGAUCUGGUGUAACUACGUCGUACACGAUUAGAUCUAAUCUCCAGGCACGGGCGACACAGCUGUUGUGUUUGUUCCCCUUGACAGGACCAGGCCAGUACCUUGCAGUUCUGGGAGAGCUGUUAUCCUGAUCCGGCCUGGCAUGGUCUGCUCUGUUUCAUGGCCAGCAAAAGCACUCUUGGCUCAGGGAUCACAGGUUGGCCUUUGUUUCAUUGUAGACCACUCAGGAUGAAGGCAGUCCUACCAGUUGGCCAAAACUUGUCACAUUUGCUCAAGGUGGAGAAAAAAAAGCGGGGGACUGAUAAUGCUGACGAGUUGUGCGAUCAGGCUCGCUCACGUUCAUCCAAAUCCCAGAUUACAAGACCUCUGUCCCCUCGCUCACCCCUGCUCACUCCCUCUCUCUUUCGUAUAUUUGCGCAAAGCAUCACAUUUGUCUCACUGUCUCAUCUUAGUUAACCUAGUAACACCCGCCCCUAAAACCGCCCCACACACUCUCAUUUCUUUUUAUAUUGUCCUGUCUCCUGGCCUCACUUGUGCACUGGAUUCCUAAAAUUUAAAGCUACAGAAGGAAGGGGCUUGAGGAAGGCUUCGACCAGAAUGGUGAGGUGGUUCCACCCUAACGUCACUGGAAUCGAAGCAGAGCAACUCCUGUUAACCCGGGGUGUCCACGGCAGUUUCCUGGCCCGACCUAGCAAGAGCAAUCCGGGGGAUUUCACGCUUUCAGUCAGGCGUAACGAUGAGGUGACACACAUCAAGAUCCAGAACUCCGGAGACUACUAUGACCUGUACGGGGGCGAAAAGUUUGCCACACUGGCCGAGCUGGUGCAGUACUACACUGAACAACAAGACCUGCUUCGUGAGAGAAACGGCCAUGUCAUCGAGCUCAAAUACCCACUCAACUGCAAAGACCCCACGUCUGAGAGGUGGUACCACGGCCACCUGUCUGGCCGAGACGCUGAGAAACUGCUCACAGAAAAAGGCAAGACUGGAAGCUUCCUGGUUCGAGAGAGCCAGAGCAAACCGGGCGACUUUGUCCUCUCGGUUCUCACGCACGAGGACAAGCACGAGAACGUCGACCGCAAGACAAAGGUCACCCAUGUGAUGAUCCGAUAUCAGGAUGGUAAAUACGACGUAGGUGGUGGUGAGAGGUUCGACACACUGGCGGACCUGGUUGAUCACUACAAAAAGAACCCUAUGGUGGAGAAGAGUGGCAUCGUAGUGCACCUCAAACAGCCCUUCAACGCAACACGGAUAAAUGCAGCCAACAUUGAGAAUCGAGUACGAGAGCUCAACAAGGUAGCAGACAAUUCAGAGAAGCCCAAACAAGGAUUUUGGGAAGAAUUUGAGGUACUGCAACAACAAGAGUGCAAGCUGCUGUAUCCCCGGAAGGAAGGCAUGAAACCAGAAAACAAGAGUAAAAACAGAUACAAGAAUAUCCUCCCCUUCGAUACGACUCGGGUUGAAAUUCGAGACAUGGAUCCGGAUGUUCCUGGUUCAGACUACAUUAACGCCAACUACAUUAGAGGCUCACAGGACGAUGGGCGCCAGUUGGAGGAUGACAAAUUCUUCAUUGCCACCCAAGGGUGCCUACAGAAUACAGUUAGCGACUUCUGGAAGAUGGUGCAUCAGGAAAAUACGCACGUCAUUGUCAUGACUACAAAGGAGAUGGAGAGAGGACGGAACAAAUGUGUGCGUUACUGGCCCAACCUUCACGCCACUGUAGAGUUUGGAAGAGUCCUGGUGAGAAACGUGGAUGAGCGACCAGCUCAGGACUACAUCCUGAGGAAGUUGGAAGUGACCCGUCUGGACCGGACGGACGAAAGGCGUGUGAUCGAAAUCUACAUGGGUCCCAAGAAGAGGGAACCACUGAGAUACAUCUGGCACUACCAGUACCUGAGUUGGCCAGACCAUGGAGUUCCCAACGAGCCAGGUGGGGUCCUGUGGUUUCUUGAGGAGAUUAACCGGACCCAGAGGACCAUUCCAGAAUCGGGACCCAUUGUUGUCCACUGCAGUGCUGGGAUUGGGAGGACUGGCACCAUUAUUGUUAUUGACAUCCUCAUUGAUAUUAUAAAUCGCCAAGGACUUGACUGUGAUAUUGACAUCCCGAAAACAAUACAGAGGGUACGGCAACAGAGGUCUGGCAUGGUGCAGACAGAGGCCCAGUACAAGUUUAUCUACAUGGCCGUGCAGCAGUACAUAGACACUGCCCAAAAGAGACUAGAGGAAGAGCAGAAGAGUAAAAUGAAGGAGAGAGAGUACUCUAAUAUCAAGUAUCCCCCAAUGGCCAACUCAAGGUCCAAACUCAACAUGGCAUCAUCACGCUCGUCAUCUGUCAUGACAAAUGAUGAUUCGUCAAGUGUGUACGAGAACAUCAACUUUAAAAGCCCGCAGACCUCUUUCAGCAGUAACACCAGGAGGUAAAACCAGUGCUGCGGACCUGCAGGUGUUUCUGCCGGCUUCUCU